AUGCAGAGCUCCUGCAGCCCCAUCUUCCUCCUAGUCUCCUGCCUCCUGGCUGGCUGCCUGGCACUGAUGUACUAUGAUGAUGACACUAACAACACGGGUGAAGAUGGAACUUUCCCCACCAGUAACGCUUCGGGAAUGCCCAGGAGCUUCCCUGGGCAGAAGGUGAGCAUUAAUAACACCACCUACCUGUCUCUGGAUGAUGAGUUCAAGAUGCUCCUGCUUAGCUGGGUCUCCACAAGCUUGGUGCCUUCCCUCUACACUCUUGUCUUCUUGGUGGGCCUGCCAGCCAAUGGCUUAGCCUUGUGGGUGCUGGCCACCAAGAUCCAGAGACUGCCUUCCACCAUUUUCCUGAUGAACCUCGCCGUGGCCGACCUGCUGCUGGUUCUAGUCCUCCCCUUCAGGAUCUCCUACUAUUUUCUGGGCCACAACUGGAUUUUCGGGGAGGCCCUCUGCCGCCUGGUGACUGCUUUCUUCUAUGGAAAUAUGUACUGUUCCACGUUACUCCUCGCCUGCAUCAGUCUGGACAGGUACCUGGCCAUCGUCCAGCCGUUCUUCUCCCGCUCGGUGCGCAGCCCGGCCUUUGCCAGCUGCCUCUGUAUGGCGGUCUGGCUGGGGGCGGCCUCCCUCACCCUGCCCCUCACUGCCCACAAGCAGUCCUACCCCCUGAACUAUGGCUCCGGGCUGGUCGUGUGCCACGACGUGCUUCCCGAAGAUGAGCAGACCGGCCACUUCCUGAGCAUCUUCGUCUGCGUGGUUGUGGUGGGCUUCGUCCUUCCGCUGCUAGUGAUCCUCUUUUGCUACAGCUCGGUCAUCUGUGUCCUGGCGGCCAGCGGGAAGAGGUACAGCCACGCCAUCAAGCUCACCGUGCUGGUGCUGGCCUCGGUGGUGGCACUCUUCACCCCCAGCAACUUUCUCCUGCUCAUCCACUAUUCCGAUCCCACAGCCCGUGGCUUCGGAGCCCUCUACCUGUGGUACGUCCUCAGCUUGGCCAUCAGCACCCUCAACAGCUGCGUGGACCCCUUCAUCUAUUACUACGUGUCGGAGGAGUUCCGGGACAAAAUAAAAAGAAAGCUUUGUCGCCAGGACAGGAGCGCGCUCACAGCCCCCAAAACUUCCAGGGAGGAUAUCCCCGGGCUGGGUACCCGCUCCACAUCUUUGCUCUAG